CGAGAAGUAGUCCCGAGAUCGUUUUUAUUGUCAUCCCGCUGUGUUGUACAGUAAGGCGAUAUUCAUAUUAGGGAGUUUUACUUCGUCGACUAUUACUUCUCCACGUCCACGCGCCGUAGACUCCGCAAAUCCUAGAAGAACACGUAGACUCCGCAGAUCCUAGGAGAACACGUAGACUCCGUAAAUACAACUAGUUUCGAAAUUAUGGUGCUGUGUUCGAGCAGUAGCAAAAGCAGAAAAGAGCUUGAAUCGGAUAUCUCGUCGCUGCGGCACACGAUCGCUGCGAAGGAAUCAGAGAUCAGUUCGCAGGUAAGCAUCAGAGCGCAUUGGUUGGUGUUGUUUAGUUGUUUUUUUUUUCUCUGUACGUUGCAGUUGCACCUUCCGACCGUUAAAAAUUGAUUGCGCAUCUGUAGCAUGCAUGCAUGAAUCGUGAUUAUUGUCAUGUCAGGUGACUUCCUAUCUUUUCCACCUGCCAGGCCUUCGUGAAUGAAACGCUCCAGGAAGAGUUGACUCAAGCAGAUGCAAGGUACACGCAACAACGAGAAACGUGGCAAAGCGAAAGAGACCAGUUGCGAAACGUACUGAGCGAAUAUCUAUGUUCUUGAUGUCAUCUAACUAUGAGAAACACGACCUAGAACACAACUUUUAAUUUUGCCACCGUGUCCUGCAGUAUGCAUCGAUAGACGUUUUCGUACAGACGUUUUCGUACGAGAAGGAGAACCAACUAGUUGUAAUGGCUUCAACAUCAUCCAGUGUCUCUUCGUUCCCACCAUUCCCACCAGGCACUCGAAGAUUUGCAGAGAAGGCACGGCGAAGAACUUGCAGAAUACAAGAUACGCGUGGUACGUUACGAGGAGCGCGUCGCCUUUGUUGAGAAUGAACGUACGUGUUCUAAGUAGUUGUACUUUUCUGUAUUUAUGUUGCGAUAAGGGAGAUACUGAAAGAAGAGGAACGUAAUCAAGACUUCUCUCUUAUUUCAGUCAGUAGCUCGCUUAUUUUAUUGAGUUUUCGAAUACCAUUUUUAUCACAUUCAACACAUCUUAACAACUCAAACUCAUCUUUUGACCACCUGCUCGUCCUUGAAAAGUGUUUGUUGAAUUCAGGUGACGCUGCAAAUUCCCUGUUGCGAGAAACACAGGAGCGAAGCGAAACCGAGAUCCACGAGCUGGAGCAAGAGUUAACGCGGCUGCAAGGAGAGCUCGAAAAAGCGAAAAAGCCACAGUACGUAAACGCCCAACAAAGCAGGAACGGGAACCGCGCGCCACACUAUGACGACUGUACUCCACCAAGUAGUCCUAAGUCAGGUGUGCCUCAAAUCAGGGUAGGGACGUCCGCUGCAUCAUCCUCUUCGGGUUCGAUGAAUACAACGAAUCACGGAGGUGCAGGACCUGAGCCGGGAAAUGCAGAAAAAGACGAUACAACUCCUUCAUCCUCGUCGACAAGUGGAGUUACUACAAAAGUUCGCGCGUUUGAAACGGUCGAUAAAGCGAAGAAACAAGCUGAGAGCUGGAAGGCGGCACACGCAACGGUACAAAAGCAAUUGAACGACGUCCAGAUGGAGCUGAAGAAUGUGAAGAAUUAAGGCAAGGACUAUUUUGCUUCGAUUUGAAAUGGUUCGAAAUCUAGUAGUGACGUAUGCUCUAAAACCAGGCGAAAGCAACAGCCGAAGCAGAGUUAGCAAGUGUGAGGGAGCAGCUAGCAAAAAGUGCAACGGAGCACGGCGCAGGUACUUCUACUAACUUCUACUUCAUCUAGCCAGCAUCUGGAUUUUUACAUUUAAAGUGCUAAACGACUCGGAAUUUCGAUUGCCACCGUAGGAGAAUUCACGACGCUUUCAGUUUCAGGUUUCAUCACUCUACUAGUGUUCCCCUUCUACUUCUGAUACCCACUCUGAUUGCAGAACAUUCACACGAAACUCUUCACUGACUCUCUCGCAGAACUAAGCCUUCUCCGCGGUCAUGAGGAGGAACGCAAAGCCGAGCUAGAGGCCGUUGGGCAACGGCUGGAGAAAAUGGCCUACCAGAAAGAGGUCUAUCGUGCGAAACUCCAAGCCCUGCACAGUCAAAACCAAGCAUUGCAUCUCAGUCUCCAACAAGCACACAAAGCACUAGACGCGUUUCACGAAACGUCUGGCGUCCGAGCGGCCAGGGGUGUCGGAGGAGCAGGAGGAAUUGUUGUGGGCGCUGGCGGUGGAACAAGUAAUGGUGCCAGCAUAGAAGCAGCGGGAGAGGAGUUAAGGAUCUUGCGGUUCUUGAUUGAUAGUGAUUCUACUUUUAGCAUUCACAUUAGAGCUACUACCUUACUAUCAUCUUCACUCACUCUCUAACCUAGGAUAGUCGCAGUCAGCCUUGGCCGAGUGGCACGGACCUCCAACAGCACAGGGGAACAGUGGAGGCGCAAUUUCAAGGUGGGGGUGGAGGUGGCAGCUCAUCUUCAUCUUCGUCUGGCGGAGUAAAACAGGGACAUCUUGUUCAAGAAGAUGAACAAGGAGGAAUUAAACCAAUAGGAGACGGAGAACCAAGUGCCACAAGUGCAGACCAAGCCGCAAGUGCAAGUGUAUCUCGAGGUCAUGAACUUCUUGAGCGUGGUCCACGGUUAGCCCAGUCAAGCAGUACAACAAACAGUCGAGCACAUAGUAAGCAAGAAUCGAUAUCCUCUUGCGAGUUUCCAGACCAUCACGCAGCUACACCUCUCGACAUUGCGCAACUGCAACCUUUAGCAGGUCCUCGAGGAGCACAUUCAUCAGCUCACCUACCCGUUCAAGAGUAUUCUUCUUCCCAACUACACCAGCCUCAACAACUAGACCAUCAACUACAACAUGAUCAUGAUGUGGAGCAUCGGAUAUCAGAUGUAGCAAUGAGAGUGAUCGACCAGGCACUGAAAACGAAGAGUCAAGUCCGGCACGCAGAUCACAGGACGGGAGAACACCUGAUGAGGAAAGAACAACAGCAACCACUUGAUGAAACUGGUGGAGGUGGAUUGAGGAACAGCCACGGUGCUGGUUUUCGGAAUACGCGAUUUUGGAAACCCAACUACGGAACUACACCAUCUGCUAGCAAAUGAUCUCGUCGCACUGCUAGCAUGAUCAUGUACUUAGUCCGUGUUGUUGUAGUUAAAUUUGCCUUUAGGAUUCGUCGAGAAGUUUCUUUCAUGUUCUCGAGAGACGUUGUGACCUAUGCUGGUGAUGAUGAAUUCACCUGAAAUAAUCAUCCUAGAAAGUCGUGAUCUCCGUUUGGUGUUGUUCCCACUACGCUCUGCUGAAUACUUACGCUUUGAUAUUAACGACAUCGACAAGGACAAGGGACCUAAAAAAUCAGAUGAAACUUCGCAACCAAUAAAAAAUGCAUUCGCAUCAAGCUCAAGGAUAAACCACUUCUGCAAUCGAAGUUGAAGUUGUUUUAACUGAGCAGGGCUCCCAGUGGCAGUGUGUUCUGUCGACUAUCGGAACUCAGAGGAAGUCGCCUUGCUUACAAUCGCGAGAACACUCAGGCCACCGCUCGUCUCUCAGGUGGAGUAUUAUGCUUCAAUCCUCUCCACAACCUAACAGUUUCCAAAACAAAAGUUUUUGGAGGAGUUUACGAGGUUCGGCCAGCUCGGGGUAGGGUAGAAUUCUAAGACACGUGUGCUUCCUGUUCUUUUUACUUAGUCAACCAUCUAUGACUAAUGUUUUUUGCUACUACAACGGAAAUCGUUUAACUACUUGUUUACAGUGUUGUGACUUACAUACCACGUUUUUCUAUUUUCUACUAUCUCGUCGAGACCGAACAGUGAGCAAC